GACUGAGGGAAGGUGCACCAUCUGAUUUAUGGUUCACUCAUAAACCUGCACGUGUAUAAAAACCUGCAGGAGUCUGAGAGUGGACUCAGUGGGGAGCGACUGUCAGGAUGAAGCUGUCGGUGUUGUUGCUGUCGGCUCUGCUGGCUCUGUCUGCAGCCAGCCUGCAGGACAUCGUGAAGAAGAGCUCUCAGCACAGGAGAGCGUCUUUACUGAACCCGCAGCUGGAGGGCCUGGAGCCUGAGUCGACAGGUAACCAUGUGGUGCAGGCUCCUCUGACUCCUGCAGACCUGGAGCAGCAGGACAGUCUCCCCGACUCCUACAUGUUCAAUGACAACGUCAACAUGGAGUGGUUGAACUGGGGCGGCGCUCUGCCAAAUGGAGCUGUGGCGAUCUACAACGGCUACACGGAGCGCACCGACUACGUCUGCAAGUACAAGUGUGAAGCCGGCUUCUACAACCCCAGCCUGGGCCCCUACUGCCGCUACCCCUACGGAGACCGCGAGUACUACGCCCCCGAGUUCCAGAUCCUCGCCAACAAAGACAACUUUGAGUUCCUGGAGUGGAAGGAAGGCUCCCACGGUGCGGUCCCUCAGCAUUCAGUCCGGACCUGCCCAGGCGUUGGCAUCUACGUGGGGAAGAACAAGUACGGCCUGGGGAAGGUCGUUUCUCAGUUUGAAGCGUUCUUCCUGCCGUGGGAGGGCGACGAGUACUGGUACAAGAGCUACCAGGUCCUGACCAUCAACAGGGACGCCUACACCCAGCACAUCUCCGACGUCAAGUACGCCAUCGAUGAGGUCGCGAUCUUCCAGUAUCCUCCAGAGACCAUGCGUAUCUCCGGGGUCACCAACAACGAGUGCCAGACCGUGUCCAAGACCGUCACCAUCUCAAAGACCACGGAGACAGAGACCACCUGGAACAUCGGCCGAGCCACCAUGCUGGGGAUCGCCGGCAGCAUCACCGCCAAGAUCCCAUUCAUCGGCGAGGGGGGCAUCGAGCUGGGCGGCGAGAAGACGCUGACCUUCAACAGAGGAACCACGGUGGUGGAGGCGCUCAGCCACUCCGUUUCAGUCGAGCUCUCCGUCCCCGCAAACCACUACUGCCGAGUCCGCAUGGAGGGGCGUAAGAUGAAAGCCGACAUCCCCUACACAGCUCGCCUCAGCCGCACGUACCGCAACGGAGAGACCCAGUGGACGUCCAUCUCCGGGAAGUACGACGGAGUCCAGAUCGGAGAAGUCCGAGCCGUCGUGGACCGCUGUGAGCCUGUGGCCGACGCCCAGCCGUGCCCCUGAAAGACUGAAAAUACAACAAUACAUUUUUUAACAUCUGAUGUUUAAACGACUAAAAAUGAUAUGAACAGAAAAUAAAACAAAGAUUCUCUUCUCUU